AUGAAAACCAAGUGUUUUAAACCUUCAAGUGGAUACGCCUACAGACCUCCGAAGAACAUUUCUAACGUGAUCCUGGUGGACAAUGUGGGUUGUCGUGGUGACGAGACCUCGCUCCUCAACUGUACAUACAACAAGUGGGAGGCCACCACAGGCUGUGAUUUCUAUGCCGAGCGUGCAGGGGUGUUUUGCUUCAGUGACACAAAUGGCCUCAAGUACCGGCUAGGCAGAGGUGAGACUAAGCCCAGCCGGGUGGAGAUCAUGUACAACAGGGUCUGGGGCUCCAUUUGCGACUGGCUCUGGGAUUCUCGGGACGCGCGCGUCUUCUACCGAACCAUUGGCUUCGAGGACGGGCUGGAGGUGGUGGGCGCUAGAUACGGGCAGGUGGAGGGGCCGCUUUGGUUCACGCGGGUCAGCUGUGACGGAUACGAGGAUAGCCUGCUGCAGUGUCGCCAUACAGGCUUCAACAGCUCCAGCGAGAUGGAGGGGGUCUACGCGAGCCUGUGCAGAAAGAGUUCUUAUGAUGCAUCCGCAAGAUGCUUUGAUAAGAAGCUGGAGUUGACGAAUGUGCGCCUUGUAAACAUUGAGGGAGACCCAACAUAUGGCCGCGUGGAGGUGUAUCUAGCAGGCGCGGGGGAAUGGGGCACAGUCUGCGAUGAUUACUGGGACGAUGUGGACGCCACUGUCGUCUGUCAGUUUCUCAGAUUUGGAGUAGGACACGGCGUUCAGGGUGAGAUAUAG